AAACAAUGUUUCACUUCUCAGGCUGGAUGGGUGGGUGCUCUUUGGGGAUCCCGGGGGGUUCGGAGCCACGCAGGCGCCCGGGCUCCGUUGGCAGGGCUCGGGCUCCCAACGGCCGCGCCUCUGGCAGCUGCUGGCUGAGUGGUUCGAGGUUGCGGAGAUCAGGGAAAGGAGGGAAAUCAUGAAUACAGAAGAAGCCGGCCCACCCGCUGUGGCAAGAGAAGCUCCUGCCUCUGAGGAAGAGACAGCUCCGCCCCCUCCGGAAGAGGCAGAGCCCGGGGAAGAGGCUGUUCCUCUUCCUGUAGGGAGCGCUGUGCCUUCUGUGACCAACUAUCGGUCGCUCCUUCCUGAUGAUGAAGAGGAUCCCAAAGCCCAGGAGCCUAGGGUUCGCCCUAGGAUUGCACCGCGCCCCGUGGACUCCGUGCUUUCUGAAGUGCUCUCCGAGUCUUCCCGGCGGUCCUCCAAAUACCGCCGAAGUAUGAGUGGUAUUCCAAACCUACAGGAAACUCUGAAAGAGAAACAGGCAAGAUUUAGAGAGGCAAGAGAAAACCGAAAAAUGAAAAUUGACCCAGGAUACAAAUAUAUAUUUGAAAUUCUAGCAGAGAAACUGGGCCUGGACCUACCAGCUGUUGAAGAAUUAAUUUUGGAUUGUCCAUCUAUGGAACCAUUUAUCCAUUUUUUUGAGAAAGAUGGUUGUAAGACUUUGAAAUUUUUGUAUCAGGAAGGAGAUGUGCCUGGCCUUGAAUGUGGUCGAAUUAUUCAUGGAGCAGGCAAAGGAGCAAAAAUGAUGAGAUUGUACAUAGAUAAUGCUGCCCCAGAGAAACUAAAAGGAUUGUGCAUAUUUUUUGUUCGCUGUCGUAAUGAUGUUCCUAUAAAUGCUAAAACUAUUCAUAAGGAAGUACUGUUUACUGUUUUGGAUGCAUCAAAAGGGCUCUUAAAUGGGAUCAAGAAUAUGUUGGCUAAUGUAUUUCUACCAGCUAUUCUUGCAACAAACAAUUGGGGUGCUUUAAACCAGUCCAAGCAGGCAGAAUCUGAAAAACAUAUUUUCACUGAAACCAUCAGCAGAUACCUUUCAUUUUUUGAUGGUGCUAGAAUAAGUAUUGAGGGAACAGUGAUGUUAAAGAAGAUAGACAAUGUUGAUUUUUCUAGACUGCACACUUUUGAAGAAGUGACAGUUGCUGCUGGCAAUUCAGAAACUGUUCACCAGCUAGAGGAGGUAUUAAUGAUAUGGUACAAGCAGAUUGAACAGGUACUUAUUGAGAGUGAGCAGAUGAGAAAAGAAGCUGAUGAUUCUGGUCCACUCACUGAAUUAGAACACUGGAAACAUAUGUCAGCCAAGUUCAACUAUAUCAUCGAACAGAUUAAAGGGCCAGCGUGUAAGGCUGUCAUUAAUGUGCUAAAUGUUGCCCACUCCAAACUACUAAAGAAUUGGCAUGAUUUGGAUGCAAGAAUCACAGAUACAGCAAAUGAAUCAAAAGAUAAUGUUAAAUAUUUGUACACACUGGAAAAAGUAUGUCAGCCUCUCUAUAACUAUGACCUAGUGUCCAUGGCACAUGGAAUACAAAAUUUGAUUAAUGCCAUCAAAAUGAUUCAUAGUGUGUCAAGGUAUUAUAAUACCUCAGAGAGAAUGACCUCAUUGUUUAUCAAGGUAACAAAUCAAAUGGUGACAGCAUGUAAAGCAUAUAUUACUGAUGGAGGACUAAACCAUGUUUGGGAUCAGGAAACUCCAGUAGUACUAAAAAAAAUUCAGGACUGCAUUUUUCUAUUCAAGGAAUAUCAGACAUCUUUUCAUAAAACCAGGAAACAGAUUUUAGAAUCCUCAGGGGAAAAGUCUUUUGAGGUUUCAGAAAUGUACAUAUUUGGAAAAUUUGAAGCUUUCUGUAAAAGACUGGAGAAGAUUACAGAAAUGAUAACUAUCGUGCAAACAUAUUCAACAUUGAGCAAUUCUACAAUUGAAGGAAUAGACAUUAUGGCAAUAAAAUUCAAAAAUAUAUACCUGAGUGUUAAGAAAAAGCAAUAUGACAUUCUGGAUCCAAGAAGGACAGAAUUUGACACAGAUUUCUUAGAUUUUAUGACAGAAAUCAACAGUUUAGAGGUACAAAUACAGGUAUUUAUGAACAGUACUUUUGGAAAAAUCUUAUCUUCUCAGCAGGCUCUUCAGCUGCUUCAAAGAUUUCAGAAGCUGAACAUUCCCUGUCUUCAGUUGGAAAUCAACCACACAGUUGAGCGAAUUCUCCAGUAUUAUGUGGCUGAACUUGAAGCUACUAAGAAGCUUUAUCAUUCUCAAAAAGAUGACCCCCCUCUUGCUCGCAAUAUGCCCCCUAUUGCGGGGAAAAUCCUGUGGGUGAGACAGCUCUAUCACCGCAUAAGUGAGCCCAUGGACUAUUUCUUUAAAAACUCAGAAAUUUUGUCAAGUUCAGAAGGUAAAGCUGUCAUCCGUCAGUAUAACAAAAUCUCUUAUGUGCUGGUGGAAUUUGAGGUGGUCUACCACAUGGCCUGGGUCAGAGAGAUUUCGCAGCUACAGUAUGCUUUACAAGCCACACUUUUCGUGCGACAUCCGGAAACAGGAAAGUUGCUGGUUAAUUUUGAUCCCAAAAUUUUGGAAAUUGUGCGGGAAACUAAGUGCAUGAUAAAGAUGAAGUUGGAUGUUCCAGAACAGGCCAAGAGAUUGCUGAAAUUGGAAAGUAAAUUGAAAGCAGACAAGCUGUAUUUGCAGGGUCUUCUGCAGUAUUACGGUGAUUUAUGUCAGGAAGUGCCUUCUGUGUUUGUCAAUCUGAUGACCCCUAAAAUGAAACAGGUGGAGGCGGUAUUAAGGCAGGGGCUCACGAUAUUAACAUGGUCAUCUUUAACUCUAGAAAGCUUCUUUCAAGAAGUUCAGUCAGUUUUGGGCAUGUUCAGUCAACUUCUCAAGAAGGUCAGUGACUUAUGUGAAAUGAGUAUUGAUACUGUGUUAAAGGAGAUAGCCAACACUGUGUUGAUUUCCUUGCCUGAAAGUGGUGCUGCCAGAGUAGAAGAUAUGUUGACCCUCAAUGAGACAUACACAAAAGAAUGGGCUGAUAUUAUAAACCACAAAAGUAGACACGUGGAAGAAGCUGUCAAAGAACUUACAUUAAUAUUUGAGCAAAUUUAUGAAGUUAAGAACACUGGAGAAAAAGGAAGACAGUCACCAGAACACCAGAAACAUGUUGUUUUUGGAAGUGAAACAGAAGAUGGCGAAAACAACGAUUAUGACACUGAUGUGGUGAACGUGGGUGAUACUAAUGAUAAAGAAAAUGAAUUUAAAAAGGAAUGUAAAGAAGUCUAUGGAUUUUUCUCUCAUCAAUUACUAGACAGUCUGCAAAAAGCUACACGAUUAUCUUUGGACACAAUGAAAAAAAGAAUAUUUGUUGUUAGCCCUUAUGGAUGCAGACCAUCAGAUGAUAUUAUUUCUUUCAUAAAAACUGAAGUACAUCUUGCAAUUCCUAAUGUGGUAAUGGUUCCCAGUCUGGAUGAUAUUCAACAAGCCAUCAACCGAAUGAUCCAGUUAACCUUGGAGGUCAGCCGAGGAGUGGCUCACUGGGGACAGCAGCAUGCCCACCAUACCAAGUCUGUGGUUACCAGUCCCACUGUAACUGACUUCACCCAUGGGAGUACAGGAAAACAGCUGAAGAAGGAAGAGAGAUCCUUUGAAGAAAUUAUUCCUGCAAGGAACCUGAAGAACUUUUACCCAGGGGUGGCGGAGCACAAAGACAUUUCCAAGCUAGUCCUUCUCCUUUCUUCCUCCAUGAAUUCUCUCAGAACAGUGGCCCAGGAGGCCCUGCAGGAGUUUCAGAAGUAUAAGACUCUCUGGAUGGAGGACCGAGAUGUGAAAGUGAAGGAAUUUUUGGGUCACGAUCCCUCUCUGAUGGAAAUCAGAUCAGAAAUUCUACACUAUGCUACUUUUGAACAGGAAAUCGAUGAGCUGAAGCCUAUAAUUGUUGUAGGAGCACUUGAAUUGCACACAGAGCCAAUGAAAUUAGCCUUAUCAAUUGAGGCUAAGGCAUGGAAGAUGUUACUCUGUCGAUACUUGAAUGAAGAAUACAAAAAGAAAAUGUCAGACAUGAUAGCAUUUAUCAAUGAAUACCUGAAAAAGUUAUCUAGACCUAUUCGUGAUUUAGAUGAUGUCAGAUUUGCAGUGGAAGCUCUGACUUGUAUUCAUGAUAAUGAAAUUCAAAUGGACAUGACUUUGGGACCAGUUGAAGAAGCCUAUGGUAUUUUAAACAGAUUUGAAGUUGAAGUAACCAAAGAAGAAUCAGAAGCAGUUGAUACUUUGAGAUAUUCUUUCAACAAAUUACAGAGCAAAGCUGUUUCUGUACAAGAUGAGCUAGUUCAAGUGCAGCCAGUGUUUAAAAGUAACCUACUUGAAGCUGUGGAAGUUUUCUGUGGUGAUGUAAUGAACUUCGCAGAAGCAUAUGAGACGGAAGGACCUAUGGUUCCAAAUAUACCACCCCAAGAAGCUAGCAAUAGGCUACAGAUAUUUCAGGCCAGUUUUGAUGACCUGUGGAGGAAAUUUGUUACAUACUCAUCUGGUGAACAACUUUUUGGAUUGCCUGUGACUGACUAUGAGGUUUUACACAAAACAAGGAAAGAACUCAACUUGUUGCAGAAACUAUAUGGAUUGUAUGAUACUGUAAUGGGCAGUAUUAGUGGUUAUUAUGAAAUACUUUGGGGAGAUGUAGAUAUUGAAAAAAUUAACACAGAACUUCAGGAAUUUCAAAACAGGUGUCGUAAACUUCCCAAAGGACUUAAAGAUUGGCAGGCAUUUCUGGAUCUCAAAAAGAGAAUUGAUGAUUUCAGUGAGUCGUGUCCAUUACUGGAAAUGAUGACCAAUAAGGCGAUGAAACAGAGACACUGGGAUCGAAUCUCUGAGUUAACCAAAACCCCAUUUGAUGUGGAAUCUGAUUCCUUCUGUCUCAGAAACAUCAUGGGAGCACCACUCCUUAAAAAUAAAGAUGAUAUCGAGGACAUUUGCAUAUCUGCCGUUAAGGAAAAGGAUAUUGAAGCGAAGCUGACUCAAGUGAUUGAGAACUGGACCAACCAAAACCUAAGCUUUGCAGCGUUUAAGGGAAAAGGAGAACUUUUGCUGAAAGGAACCGAAUCAGGAGAAAUUAUCACAUUAAUGGAGGAUAGUCUGAUGAUCUUAGGUUCCUUACUAAGCAACAGAUACAAUGCUCCAUUUAAGAAAAACAUACAGAAUUGGGUAUACAAAUUGUCCACUUCCUCAGAUAUAAUUGAAGAGUGGCUAGUGGUACAGAACCUUUGGGUUUAUCUUGAGGCUGUGUUUGUAGGUGGAGAUAUUGCCAAACAGCUGCCUCAGGAAGCAAAACGCUUUCAGAAUAUUGACAAGUCCUGGAUAAAAAUAAUGCAGCGAGCUCAUGAGAAUCCCAAUGUGAUCAGCUGCUGUGUUGGAGAUGAAACCAUGGGACAGCUUUUGCCUCAUUUACAUGAACAGUUGGAAGUUUGUCAGAAGUCACUUACAGGGUAUUUGGAGAAGAAGCGAUUAUUAUUUCCAAGAUUCUUCUUUGUAUCCGAUCCAGUUCUCUUGGAGAUCCUUGGACAAGCCAGCGAUUCCCAUACCAUCCAGCCACAUCUCCCUGCCAUAUCUGACAACAUAAAUGAGGUGACAUUUCAUACAAAAGACUACGAUCGUAUGAUGGCUGUUGUAUCGAGAGAAGGAGAAAAAAUUGUUUUGGAUAAUCCCAUUAUGGCCAAAGGUCCUGUGGAGAUCUGGCUUCUGGAUUUGUUAAAAGUGCAGAUGUCGUCACUGCACAAUAUCAUCAGAUCUGCAUUCUAUCAGAUCAGCGAUUCCGGGUUUCAGCUGUUACCUUUCCUCAGUCACUUCCCAGCGCAGGUUGGGCUUCUAGGAAUUCAGAUGUUGUGGACACAUGAUUCAGAAGAGGCUUUACAUAAUGCAAAAGACGACAGAAAAAUCAUGCAAAUGACCAAUCAGAAAUUUCUGGAUAUUCUGAAUACUCUCAUUAGCCAGACAACGCGUGACCUAACCAAGUUUGAUAGAGUGAAAUUUGAAACUCUGAUUACCAUCCACGUGCAUCAGAGAGAUAUUUUCGAUGACUUGGUAAAAAUGCAUAUCAAAUCUGCUACAGAUUUUGAAUGGUUAAAACAGAGCAGAUUUUAUUUUAAGGAAGAUUUGGAUCAAACUGUGGUAUCUAUUACUGAUGUUGAUUUUAUUUACCAAAAUGAAUUUCUGGGAUGCACCGAUCGCCUUGUUAUCACUCCACUAACUGAUAGAUGUUAUAUCACGCUGGCUCAGGCUUUGGGAAUGAACAUGGGAGGAGCUCCAGCAGGACCUGCAGGCACUGGCAAAACAGAAACCACAAAAGACAUGGGCAGAUGUUUGGGAAAAUAUGUGGUUGUAUUCAACUGCUCAGACCAAAUGGAUUUCAGAGGCCUAGGAAGGAUUUUCAAAGGUCUCUCACAGUCGGGUUCCUGGGGCUGUUUUGAUGAGUUUAACAGAAUUGAAUUGCCUGUAUUAUCAGUGGCGGCCCAACAAAUUUAUAUUGUCUUGACAGCGAGAAAAGAGAGAAAAAAGCAGUUCAUUUUCUCUGAUGGUGAUUGUGUUGAUUUGAACCCAGAAUUUGGAAUCUUCUUAACAAUGAACCCUGGAUACGCUGGACGCCAGGAACUGCCAGAAAAUUUAAAAAUCCAGUUUAGAACUGUCGCUAUGAUGGUUCCUGAUAGACAGAUCAUUAUGCGAGUUAAACUUGCAAGCUGUGGUUUUCUUGAAAAUGUGAUAUUGGCCCAAAAGUUUUAUGUUCUCUACAAACUCUGUGAAGAGCAGCUCACUAAGCAGGUCCAUUAUGACUUUGGAUUGAGAAAUAUUCUAUCUGUACUGAGAACACUUGGAGCUCAAAAAAGAGCCAGACCGGAAGAUAGUGAAUUAAGCACUGUCAUGAGAGGACUGAGAGAUAUGAACCUCUCUAAAUUGGUUGAUGAAGAUGAACCCCUGUUUCUCAGCUUAAUCAAUGACCUGUUUCCAGGAUUACAACUGGAUAGUAACACUUACGUGGAACUGCAAGGUGCAGUAGCCAACCAGGUUCAGAUAGAAGGUUUGAUCAACCACCCACCUUGGAACCUCAAACUUAUACAGUUGUAUGAGACGUCUCUGGUACGUCAUGGCUUGAUGACUCUGGGGCCUAGUGGUUCUGGGAAGACAACCGUUACAACAAUCCUGACGAAGGCGCUGACAGAAUGCGGAAGGCCUCAUAGAGAGAUGCGAAUGAAUCCAAAAGCUAUUACUGCUCCUCAGAUGUUUGGCAGACUGGAUACUGCCACCAAUGACUGGACAGAUGGGAUUUUUUCUACUCUGUGGAGAAAAACGUUAAAAGCCAAAAAGGGUGAAAACAUUUUCCUCAUUUUAGAUGGCCCUGUGGAUGCCAUUUGGAUCGAGAAUUUAAAUUCUGUGUUGGACGAUAACAAAACACUCACGUUGGCGAAUGGAGAUCGCAUUCCCAUGGCCCCUAGUUGUAAGCUUUUGUUCGAGGUCCACAAUAUUGAGAACGCGUCUCCUGCCACAGUUUCUAGGAUGGGCAUGGUCUAUAUCAGCAGCUCUGCACUCAGCUGGAGGGCAAUAUUACAGGCAUGGUUGAAGAGGCGGACAGCCCAGGAAGCCACUGUUUUCCAGGCUCUGUAUGAUAAGGCAUUUGAGGAUGCAUAUACGUUUAUGAAACUAAACCUCGCUCCCAAAAUGCAGCUCUUAGAAUGCAACUACAUUGUGCAGUCUCUCAAUCUUCUGGAAGGCUUAAUCCCCUCCAAAGAGGAAGGGGGUGUUUCAUGUGUCAAUCAUCUCCAUAAAUUAUUUGUCUUCGGCCUAAUGUGGAGUAUAGGUGCCCUUCUGGAAUUGGAUAACAGAGAAAAACUUGAGGCCUUUUUACGACGUCAUGAGAGCAAGUUAGACUUGCCAGAAAUACCCACGGGCACGAAUCAAACCAUGUAUGAGUUUUAUGUUACUGAUUAUGGUGAUUGGGAGCACUGGAAUAAGAAACUUCAGCCAUAUUUUUAUCCAAUGGAUGGUAUUCCAGAAUAUUCAUCAAUUUUGGUCCCAAAUGUUGACAAUAUUAGAACAAAUUUUUUGAUAGACACCAUUGCAAAACAACAUAAAGCUGUUUUGCUCACAGGAGAGCAGGGAACUGCAAAAACCGUGAUGAUUAAGGCCUAUUUGAAAAAAUACGACCCCGAAGUACAGCUAUCCAAAAGUCUAAACUUUUCAUCUGCCACAGAACCAAUGAUGUUUCAGAGGACCAUUGAAAGCUAUGUGGAUAAGCGGAUGGGAAGCACAUAUGGGCCACCAGGAGGGAGAAAAAUGACUGUAUUUAUUGAUGAUAUUAAUAUGCCUGUGAUUAAUGAGUGGGGAGAUCAGAUAACUAAUGAGAUUGUGCGGCAGAUGAUGGAAAUGGAAGGCAUGUAUAGCUUGGAUAAGCCUGGAGACUUUACUACUAUUGUGGAUGUGCAGCUCAUAGCAGCAAUGAUUCAUCCCGGAGGAGGUCGGAAUGAUAUUCCCCAACGUUUAAAAAGACAAUUCACCGUGUUUAAUUGCACAUUGCCUUCAAAUGCAUCAAUAGACAAAAUUUUUGGACUUAUUGGCUGUGGAUACUUUGAUCCUUGUAGAAAGUUCAAACUUGAAGUAUGUGAGAUGAUUGCGAAUUUAGUCACGGCGGGCAGAGUGCUAUGGCAGUGGACCAAGGUGAAGAUGCUGCCAACUCCUUCUAAAUUUCAUUAUAUCUUCAAUCUUCGAGAUCUUUCCAGAAUUUGGCAAGGAAUGUUAACCGUAAAAGCUGAGGAGUGUGACUCGCUCCCUGUCCUCAUGUCGCUUUUCAAACAUGAAUGCAACAGAGUAAUUGCAGACAGAUUUAUAACUCCUGAAGAUGAGCAGUGGUUUAAUGUACAUCUUAUUCGUGCAGUUGAAGAAAAUAUCAGCCCUGAAGCAGCCUCUUGUAUUCUCCCUGAGCCUUAUUUUGUGGAUUUCCUCCGUGAGAUGCCUGAACCAACAGGGGAUGAACCCGAGGAUACUGCAUUUGAAAUACCCAAGGUCUAUGAAUUGGUACCAUCAUUUGAAUUUCUAUCUGAAAAGCUUCAAUUUUACCAGAGGCAGUUCAAUGAAGUCAUUAGAGGAACAUCUCUUGACCUGGUGUUUUUUAAAGAUGCAAUGACUCAUCUUAUUAAGAUUUCACGAAUAAUUCGGACUUCGUGUGGAAAUGCGUUGCUGGUAGGUGUUGGUGGUUCAGGAAAACAAAGUCUUUCAAGAUUGGCAUCAUUUAUAGCUGGAUAUCAAAUAUUCCAGAUAACAUUAACCAGGUCUUACAAUGUGAGUAACCUAAUAGAGGACUUAAAAUUCUUAUACAAAGUUGCUGGUGCUGAUGGAAAAGGCAUUACCUUCAUCUUUACUGACAAUGAGAUCAAAGAUGAGGCAUUUUUAGAAUACCUUAAUAAUUUGCUAUCUUCAGGAGAGAUCUCCAGUUUGUUCGCUCGAGAUGAGAUGGAUGAAAUCACCCAGGGACUGACAGCAGUGAUGAAGAGGGAACUGCCACGCCACCCUCCUACCUUCGAUAAUCUCUAUGAGUACUUCAUUUCUCGAUCCAGAAAGAACUUGCAUGUGGUUCUCUGCUUCUCUCCAGUUGGUGAGAAAUUCCGUGCCCGAUCUUUGAAAUUUCCUGGCUUGAUAUCAGGCUGCACGAUAGACUGGUUCAGUCGAUGGCCGAAGGAGGCUCUGGUCGCUGUGGCCUCCCAUUUCCUUUCGGAGUAUAAUAUCGUCUGCUCUAGUGAAAUUAAAAGACAAGUUGUAGAAACAAUGGGCCUGUUUCAUGACAUGGUUUCAGAGAGCUGUGAAAAUUAUUUCCAAAGAUACCGCCGAAGAGCACACGUGACUCCCAAAUCUUACCUCUCGUUUAUAAAUGGUUACAAAAACAUUUAUACUGAAAAGGUGAAAUACAUUAAUGAACAAGCUGAACGUAUGAAUAUUGGUCUUGAUAAGCUUAUGGAGGCAAGUGAAUCCAUUGCUAAACUCUCUCAAGAUCUUGCGAUAAAGGAGAAGGAACUGGCUGUAGCUUCUGUAAAAGCAGACAAAGUAUUAGCUGAAGUCACAGUAAGCACUCAGGCUUCAGCCAAAGUAAAAAAUGAAGAGCAGGAGGUAAAAGACAAAGCCCAAAAAAUUGUGGAUGAAAUUGAUAGUGAGAAAGUAAAAGCUGAGACCAAACUUGAGGCUGCUAAACCUGCCCUGGAAGAAGCAGAAGCUGCCCUGAAUACCAUCAAACCAAAUGAUAUCGCCACAGUCAGGAAGCUUGCAAAACCACCACAUCUUAUUAUGAGAAUCAUGGACUGCGUGCUGUUACUAUUUCAAAAGAAAAUUGACCCUGUUACGAUGGAUCCGGAGAAACCUUGCUGCAAGCCAUCAUGGGGAGAGUCCUUAAAGUUGAUGAGCGCAACAGGAUUCCUGUGGAGCCUUCAGCAGUUCCCCAAGGACACAAUAAAUGAAGAGACAGUUGAGUUACUACAACCAUAUUUUAAUAUGGAUGACUACAAUUUUGAAAGUGCCAAGAAAGUCUGUGGGAAUGUGGCUGGUCUGCUGUCUUGGACACUUGCUAUGGCAACAUUUUAUGGCAUCAACAGAGAGGUUUUGCCUCUAAAGGCAAACCUAGCCAAGCAGGAAGGCCGGUUAGCUGUUGCUAAUGCAGAAUUAGGGAAGGCCCAGGCGCUCCUGGAUGAGAAACAGGCUGAGCUAGAUAAAGUACAAGCAAAAUUUGUUGCAGCAAUGAAAGAGAAAAUGGAUCUGCUCAAUGAUGCCGAUAUGUGCCGGAAAAAGAUGCAGGCAGCUUCCGCGCUCAUCGAUGGACUGAGUGGAGAAAAAGUCCGAUGGACACAGCAGAGUAAAGAGUUCAAAGCUCAGAUUAAUAGACUUGUAGGUGACAUUCUGCUGUGCACGGGAUUCCUCUCCUAUCUUGGUCCUUUCAAUCAGAUAUUUAGGAACUAUUUGCUUAAAGAUCAGUGGGAGGUAGAGAUGAAGGCACGGAGAAUUCCUUUCACGGAAAACCUGAAUCUUAUUUCAAUGUUGGUGGAUCCUCCAACGAUUGGCGAGUGGGGGCUGCAGGGACUGCCAGGAGAUGAUCUCUCAAUUCAGAAUGGCAUCAUUGUGACAAAAGCCACCAGAUACCCACUCCUCAUAGACCCACAGGCUCAAGGCAAAACUUGGAUUAAAUCAAAGGAAAAAGAAAAUGAUUUGCAGGUGACAACUCUGAACCAUAAAUAUUUCCGCACACACUUGGAGGACAGCCUGUCCUUGGGCCGACCUAUGCUCAUUGAAGACAUCCGGGAAGAGCUGGAUCCAGCUUUGGACAACGUCUUAGAGAAGAAUUUCAUUAAGUCUGGCACCACUUUCAAGGUGAAAGUUGGUGAUAAGGAAUAUGAUGUCAUGGAUACAUUUAAACUUUAUAUCACUACAAAGUUACCAAACCCUGCCUUUACCCCUGAAAUCAAUGCUAAAACAUCAAUCAUUGAUUUCACUGUUACAGUGAAAGGACUUGAGAAUCAGUUACUCAGGAGAGUAAUCCUAACCGAGAAACAGGAGUUAGAGUCUGAGAGGGUUAAACUUUUGGAGGAUGUUACUUUUAAUAAGCGGAAGAUGAAAGAACUUGAAGAUAACCUCCUCUAUAAAUUAAGUGCUACAAAAGGUUCCUUAGUCGAUGACGAGUCUCUCAUUGGUGUCCUCCGCAUCACCAAGCAGACAGCAGCUGAGGUGAGUGAAAAGCUGCAUGUGGCCGCAGAAACGGAGAUCAAGAUCAACACGGCUCAGGAGGAGUUCCGGCCGGCAGCCACCCGAGGGAGCAUCCUCUACUUCCUCAUCACGGAGAUGAGCAUGGUCAACAUCAUGUACCAGACGUCGCUGGCGCAGUUCCUGAAGCUCUUCAACCAGUCCAUGGCCAGAUCUGAAAAGUCUCCACUACCUCAAAAGAGAAUUAUGAAUAUCAUCGAGUACCUGACGUACGAAGUUUUUACAUACUCUGUCAGAGGCCUAUACGAAAACCACAAAUUCCUUUUUGUGCUCCUGAUGACUUUAAAGAUUGAUCUUCAGAGAGGGACAGUUAAGCACAGAGAGUUUCAGGCUCUCAUUAAAGGGGGUGCAGCUCUGGACCUGAAAGCCUGCCCUCCCAAACCGUUCCGCUGGAUCCUCGACAUGACCUGGCUGAAUCUGGUAGAGCUGAGUAAACUUCCGCAAUUUGCAGAAAUCAUGAACCAGAUAUCACGCAAUGAGAAGGGGUGGAAAAGCUGGUUUGACAAAGAUGCUCCAGAGGAGGAAGUUAUUCCUGAUGGAUAUAAUGAUUCCCUGGAUACUUGGCGGAAGCUUUUACUUAUCAGGUCUUGGUGCCCAGACCGUACUGUUUUUCAGGCAAGAAAGUAUAUCGCAGAUUCUUUGGAGGAGAAGUACACAGAACCAGUUAUCUUAAAUCUGGAGAAAACUUGGGAAGAAAGUGAUACACGAACACCUCUGAUUUGUUUCCUGUCCAUGGGAUCUGAUCCUACUAUUCAAAUCGAUGCGUUGGCCAAGAAACUGAAGCUAGAAUGUAGGACCGUCUCAAUGGGACAAGGACAGGAAGUGCAUGCUCGAAAGCUGAUUCAGAUGUCAAUGAAGCAGGGUGGUUGGGUAUUACUGCAAAACUGUCACCUUGGCCUGGAAUUCAUGGAGGAAUUACUGGAGACACUAAUGACCACCGAAGCCAAUGAUGAUUCAUUCCGAGUAUGGAUAACUACAGAGCCCCAUGAUCGAUUUCCAAUUACAUUGCUUCAGACUUCUCUCAAAUUCACUAAUGAGCCGCCCCAAGGUGUACGCGCAGGUCUGAAAAGAACAUUUGCUGGAAUUAAUCAGGACCUCCUGGAUGUCAAUAAUUUACCCAUGUGGAAGCCAAUGCUCUACACGGUGGCGUUUUUACACUCCACUGUACAGGAACGAAGAAAAUUUGGUCCCUUGGGAUGGAAUAUUCCCUAUGAAUUCAAUUCUGCUGACUUUUCAACCAGUGUUCAGUUUAUUCAGAAUCACCUUGACGAAUGUGAUAUUAAAAAAGGUGUGUCGUGGAGUACGGUUCGGUACAUGAUUGGAGAAGUACAAUAUGGAGGCCGGGUGACUGAUGACUUUGAUAAACGUCUGCUCAACUGCUUUGCUAGAGUCUGGUUCAUUGAGAAGAUGUUUGAACCAUCAUUCUGUUUUUAUACUGGAUAUAAAAUCCCCGUGUGCAAAACCCUGGACCAGUACUUUGAGUACAUCCAGUCACUGCCAUCCCUAGAUAACCCCGAAGUCUUUGGCCUUCACCCUAAUGCUGAUAUCACGUAUCAGAGUAACACAGCUUCUGCCGUGCUUGAGACAAUCACCAACAUUCAACCCAAGGAGAGUGGAGGUGGAGUGGGAGAGACGCGGGAGGCUAUUGUUUACAGGUUGUCUGAAGAUAUGCUGAGCAAGCUGCCCCCUGAUUAUGUUCCCCAUGAGGUGAAAGCUCGUUUGAUAAAAAUGGGCCAUCUUAAUUCAAUGAACAUAUUUCUUAGACAAGAAAUUGACAGAAUGCAAAAAGUCAUCUCAAUACUUCGCAUUAGCCUGAGUGACCUCAAGUUGGCCAUUGAAGGAACAAUCAUUAUGAGUGAGAACUUGAGAGAUGCCCUGGACAACAUGUACGAUGCUCGAAUCCCUCAGAUCUGGAAAAGGGUGUCCUGGGAUUCAUCCACACUGGGCUUUUGGUUCACUGAACUUUUGGAAAGAAAUGCUCAGUUUUCUACUUGGAUAUUUGAAGGGAGGCCCAAUGUGUUUUGGAUGACUGGUUUCUUCAAUCCCCAAGGCUUCCUCACAGCCAUGAGGCAGGAAGUGACCCGUGCCCACAAAGGCUGGGCGCUGGACACCGUAACCAUCCACAACGAAGUUCUGCGGCAGACCAAGGAGGAGAUCACGACACCCCCUGUGGAAGGUGUGUACAUUUACGGGCUGUACCUGGACGGGGCAGCCUGGGACAGGCGCAACGGGAAGCUCACAGAGUCCACCCCCAAGGUGCUCUUUACGCUGCUGCCGGUGCUGCACGUCUUCGCUAUUAACUCCACAGCGCCCAAGGACCCCAAGCUGUACGUGUGUCCCGUUUACAAGAAACCCAAGCGAACUGACCUGACCUUCAUCACGGUAGUGUACCUGCGGACUGUGCUGUCCCCGGAUCACUGGAUCCUGAGAGGCGUGGCCCUUCUGUGCGACAUCAAGUAAGUUCAUCUCUGCCUGCUGAGGGCACCCGGAACCACGGGACACCUCUGUGCUCUGAGACCCAGCCGUGGAUGUCUUUUCACCCCCACAACACCUGCUUGAUUGCAUUUCUCCAUUAAAAGGUUGACC